CUACAACCACAUCGAAACGAUAGACGCUCACCAAAGAAACACAGACGGAUGAUCCCGGACUCACUUCUAAAAACUGCACAACGACAACAAGGUAUCAAUACGAGGACUUGCAGAUCGGCGAAUUAAUUUUUUGUUUGGUUUUUCUUUUACGGUCAGGCCUCCAAAUUUCAAACGAGAGACGACGUGAAGUGCCCCAGGGGCUAGGGACAGACCAGGGCCGCGUCCAGCGGAUCCUCGUACAAACAUCGCUCAUCCAACGCUUCAUCGGGACACCCUAUGCCAGCCUUUGAGCUCCAUGUCUGGGGCCCGGCCUUUGGCCUCCCAUCCAUCGACGCCGAGUGCCUGGCUGCCAUUGCCUACCUCCACUACACCCUACCCAGUUCAGAAUGGACACUCAUUCCUAGCAGCGACCCUUCCCUGACUCCUCAGAAUCGUCUCCCGGCUCUCCGCUCAACAGCCUCUGGCACCUGGGCAGCGGGCUACGACGCCGUCGUCUCCCAUCUUGCCCAUGAGACGACCCACCAUCUCGAUGUAGAGCUAACAGACGCCCAACGCGCCGAUGCCGUAGCUUACAGCUCCUACAUCUCCUCCCACAUCGCCCCGCUCCUCGACCUCACACUCUACGCCCUACCGCGGAACUGGACCCAGACCACCCGCUCCGCCUACGGCGCCAUCAUCCCCUUCCCCCUAACCUGGACGGUGCCCAUAGCUCAGCGAGCCGCCGCUGUGGAGAGGGUAUCCCACCUCGUGGCCAGCCUCCCGCUGAGCGACGGGAACGACGACGCAGCAGCGCAAAAGGACCUCAGCGCCCUCGACGCAGCCAUCAAGCACCUCCCUACGAGUCGCAAGAAGGGCAUCUUGGAGCAGAUGGCCCCCGCCGAAGCCGCCACUAUCCGCCUGCAUGCCAUGGCCGUCGACGCCCUCUCCGUGCUCGAAGACCUCCGCCGCCACACCGCCCAGAACAGCCACGACUCAUCGCCUACCAACGCCGAAACCAGCUCCACAAACCUACGCCUCCUGCGCCCCGGCCAAGUGACCUCCCUCGACUGCCUCGCCUUCGGCUACCUCUCCCUCGCCGCCUCCGCCCCCGUCCCGCAAGAUUUCCUCCGCAAAGUCCUAACAACCCGGUUCCCAGCCCUGCUCGCCCUAGCGACCGACAUCAAACGCACCUGCCUCGAAACCCCCGGUACCCUCCCCUGGACCCCCUAUGCCGUCCGCGACACUAUGGGGGGAACGCGCAUCCUCGUCCGCUUCCUGGACGACGUGCUCCGCGUCACCCCGACAUUAGGCGACCUAUACGCCACGGAGCACCGGCGCCGCGCAGAAAUCGGCACGGCGGACGGGAGUUUCCUCGACAAACGCACCGCCGCCCUCGCCAGCGGUGCGCUGGCUCUCGGGUCGGCCCUUACUUGCGCCGCGUGGUGGUACAGGAACUUGCCGUCCUUCGGUCUGCGUAGUCAGACGUGGGUCGCCGGCGGUGCGGGCGCAGGCCGCUUAGCCGAGUUUGGCGCCCUGGGAGCCAUGUUGGAUUUUUCGCUCGCGGGACCUGCUACAGGUCAUGGCGCUGAGCAUCAGCAGAAUCGGAUCGUCGAGGCUGAAGUCGGACUUGACUAGUUUGGUUUUUGUCUAUGUACCCUGUUUUAUUAUCAUGCCUGUCAGAUAUAUCGCUGCUGUGCUUGUGUCGGGCUUUUGGGGCGACCAUUUGUGUCAUAACUGUACGAUAAAAGGAUUGGGGGGGGGGAGGUGGCGAACGAAAACAAGGCCUAAGGAGACUGACAGUUACGAAAUAUACGGAACACCAGCUCCUGCACUCGAUAGUACAAUGGUUCCAAGGCCACACCGUCGCAUCUUCUUCUACAACGAUACCAUAUUACGGCACACAGACAUCCGCUCCAUCGAUUCAACAUUGAGACGGAAAAGAAGGUUGAUCGUAUUCAGACUCGGAGAAAUAGGCAGUACCCAUCCUCAAA